UUCAAUUUCAAGGCAUGGUGAAGAUGGGCCGAUAUUGGCACGCUGCGACCGCUAGUGAUAACAGGGCCGAUUUCAUCGAGUGGUGGUUGUCGAGUUGGAGAUGCAUCUAGAGCCUGGCGUGGUUAAGGCGGCGGGGUCCCUUUCAUGCAAGCAUGGUCGGACAGAGUCACGGCGGCAAGUCAAUGAAGAUGGAAAAGGUGGGUAGAAAAUUGCGGUCAGAGAAAUGGACAGUCGAGAGGGAUGGGGGGCGCUGGGCCAGUCGCAAGGCAUGCCGUGGAGGAAGAGCGGUGUCGCACCUGGCAAGGUUGCAGUUUUCACAGCAUAUAUGGAGACUGGAGACUGGCUUUAUCAGCUUGACACAAGCAGCAGUAUUGAUUGACAAGUUGGAGGUUAGCUUGUAUCAACUUGCAUCGAGAAGAAAUGCCGAUGGGGCGGCGCCCGACUGUGGGGAGAGGGAGAGGGAGAGAGAGAGAGCGCGCGUGAGAGCUAGAUACACAGUAGUAGUGAGAGAGACGGACGGACGGAUGGUAGGACGGAGGGAGUAAGAGGAUGAGUGAUAGGAGGGUUGAAAUAGAAAAGGAACAGGAAGUGGUGAGAGUCGGCGGUGGCGACGACGACAACGACAACGACGACAGGUAUAAAGGUGUUGUGGUUUCGCUUCCAGAGCAUCUCCUCUUCCUGUCAUCCCAGGAUACAGGCAACGGGCAUACGUUGUCGUCCAUUGUUGAAGCUGCGUUCCCGGACCUCUUCCAUCUAUA